UCCAGAGCGUGUGCAGGAGCGAGACGUCAUUUUGCGUCGCCUCGGGCAGGGUAGCCAGCGGCUGCAUCUGAGGCGGACGCCGCAGUGUAGGGCACACCCUGAGGGUAGCGAGAGACGUGACAGGACCGAGCAGCUGGGGGCUGCAGCCUGCUGUGUCCCCACCGAUCCCAGAGAGAGGCUGUGAGUCUGGAUCUGGGCGUUCGCACCCUGAGAGAGGGGGUCAAAGCUCCCCUGCGGCCCCGAGGAAGAAGAGCAAGGUUGAGGACCGCCUCGGGUCACCAGAGUAGUUUGGAGGCAGGCCUGCAGGCGCGUCCCCGCUCCUCAGCUCCAAGCUGACGUAUCUACACCUGCCGGCGGGCAUUGAGAUGGCUGGUUAUGCCACUACUCCCAGCCCCGUGCAGACCCUUCAGGAGGAAGCGGUGUGUGCCAUCUGCUUGGAUUACUUCAAGGACCCCGUGUCCAUCAGCUGCGGGCACAACUUCUGCCGAGGGUGUGUGACCCAGCUGUGGGGUAAGGAGGACGAGGAGGAAGAUGAAUGGGAGGAGGAGGAGGACGAGGAGGCGGUGGGGGCCGUGGAUGGAUGGGACGGCUCCAUUCGAGAGGUGUCGCAUCGGGGGAAUGCUGACGAAGAGUUGUUCCAAGACCAAGAUGACGAUGAACUCUGGCUCGGUGACAGUGGUAGAACUAAUUGGGACAACGUAGACUAUAUGUGGGACGAGGAGGAAGAAGAAGAGGAAGAUCAGGACUGUUACCUAGGAGGCUUGAGACCUGACCUGAGGAUUGAUGUCUACCGAGAAGAAGAAGAAACACUGGAAGCAUACGAUGAGGACGAAGAUGAAGAGCUGUAUCCUGACAUCCACCCGCCUCCUUCCUUGCCCCUUCCAGGGCAGUUCACCUGCCCCCAGUGCCGAAAGAGCUUUACACGUCGCAGCUUUCGUCCCAACUUGCAGCUGGCCAACAUGGUCCAGAUAAUUCGCCAGAUGUGCCCCACUCCUUAUCGGGAAAACCGGAGUAAUGAUCAGGGCACGUGCUUUAAACACCAGGAAGCCCUGAAACUCUUCUGUGAGGUGGACAAAGAGGCCAUCUGUGUGGUGUGCCGAGAAUCCAGGAGCCACAAACAGCACAGCGUGCUGCCUUUGGAGGAGGUGGUUCAGGAGUACCAGGUUUUUCUGGCAUUGUCUGCCCAGCUGCUCCAAGCCAGGCUGAUGAAGGAGGAGUCCCCUGUGGUGAGCUGGAGGUUGUAGCCUGAAGAUGGCACAGCUCUGUGAUUCAUCUCCUGCGGUUGUGGCGGCCACGGUGAUGGAGACUGCAGCUCAACAGGAGUGGUAGGAGGGUACCCGUGGAGGCCAAGUAGUAGGAGCCUUGGAGGGUCUGAAGGCCAGAAUUCUACAGUAAGUCCUACUGAGUCAAGGUGGGAGCAGGGUCGGUGGCCUCCGAAGCUCUGAGGGAGAAUCCGUUUCCUGGCCGUAGAGGUGGCCUGCACUCCUCAGCUUGUGCUGCCCGUCUCGAAUGACUGGAGUUUCCUGCUUCUGUCACUACACCUCCCACCCUCUCCAUCACCUGCUCUGCUCUUACAAGGAUCCGAAGAAAUGGAAUCAUAUCGCUGAUCUACGUAAACAAAUUGAAGAAUUGUCUGAAAGAAAAUAUGGGAUUGGUGUCAAUCAAAGACAAAUCACAACAAGUGAUUGUCCAGGGUGUCCAUGAGCUCUAUGAUCUGGAGGAGACUCCAGUGAGCUGGAAGGAUGACACUGAGAGAACAAAUCGAUUGGUCCUCCUUGGCAGAAAUUUAGAUAAGGAUAUCCUUAAACAGCUGUUUAUAGCUACUGUGACAGAAACAGAAAAGCAGUGGACAACACAUUUCAAAGAAGAUCAAGUUUGUGCUGUUGUAGGAGCAAGGGAUACAAUGAUGAUCAAGGCAGAUGCAGCCCUUACCUUCAGGUCGUGGAGUCCGGAUACAGACUGGAGGCAGGCAGCUGUAAGAUGUGUGACAAAUGCUGCGCUGGAUCAGCCCAUGGUAUUAGGAGAGCAGGCUCCGGAAGAUUGCAAAUGACCUGCUUUCUUUCGGCUCCCGGGCUGCUUUCGGACACCUGUCGAAUAGGAAAUCCCAAGUAAGCUACCUGCGGUCGUCGGCAGAUCUGAGUUUUCUUCUUGGACACCUAAUACCCACAGCCCUCCAGGCUCCGGAAGAUUGCAAAUGACCUGCUUUCUUUGGGAUCCCGGGCUGCUCUUGGACACCUGUCGAAUAGUAAAUCCCAAAGACCGAGAGGUUGAUGUCACUCCCAAUAUCGGAGGAAGUAUACACCCCCGUGUGAGAUGUUCCUUAAUGAUAUUCCACGGCGGAGGGGGUGAUAUGACUACAUACAUGGCAGAAAGUGGAAACCCCCCAGGGAUAUUAUUCCCACGAUCCUGGAGGGAAGAAGAUGAUGUUACUUUCAAUAUGACAGAAGGUGGAUGAAGUGGUGGACUGCCCCUCCACACCUGUGGACACGCCCCCACUGAUAUUCCCUCUAAUUGCAGCGUGGGAGAGGAGGAUAUGACACGCCAUAUCGCAGGGAGCAGAAACACCCCUGUGUUACUGUUCUUCAUAUUCAGGGAGGAAGAGGAUGAUAUUACUCCCAAUACAGACGGGUGUACACCCUCUGUACACCGAGGGUGUACACCCGUCUGUGAAAGAGUUCGUAAUCUCCAGAGGGGGAGAUGAUAUUACUCACAAUAUGGUAAAGAGGCUGUGAGUCCACGGAGGAUCCUCAGAGCCAGCAGGGGAAGAGGGGCUGGCUCUGAGACCCCGCCUCGCUGGGGGUGCCUCCCCCCACUGCGAUGGGGGUCCUAAGAGACAGUGGGGGAAGAGGGGCUGGCUCUGAGCCCCCGCCUCGCGGGGGUUGCCUCCCCCCCUGCGAUGGGGGUCCUAAGGGCCAGUGGGGGAAGAGGGGCUGGCUCUGAGUACCCGCCUCACGGGGGGUGCCUCCCCCCCCUGCGACGGGGGUCCUAAGGGCCAGUGGGGGAAGAGGGGCUGGCUCAGAGACACCGCCUCGCGAGGGGUGCCUCCCCCCCCUGCGAUGGGGUUCCUAAGGGCCAGUGGGGGAAGAGGGGCUGGCUCUGAGACCCCGCCUCGCGGGGGGUGCCUCCCCCCCUGUGAUGGGGGUCCUAAGAGCCAGGAGCAGAAGAGGGGCUGGCUCUCUCUACCCGCCUCGCGGGGGGUGCCUCCCCCCCCCCGUGAUGGGGGUCCUAAGAGCCAGAAGGCUUAGAGGGGCUGGCUCUCAGUCCCCGCCUCGUGGGGGGUGCCUCCUCCCCCUGCGAUGGGGGUCCUAAAUGCCAGUGGGGAAAGAGGGGCUCGCUCUGAGACCCCGCCUCGCUGGGGGUGCCUCCCCCCACUGCGAUGGGGGUCCUAAGGGCCAGUGGGGAAAGAGGGGCUGGCUCUCAGUCCCCGCCUCGUGGGGGGUGCCUCCUCCUCCUGCGACGGGGGUCCUAAAUGCCAGUGGGGAAAGAGGGGCUCACUCUGAGACCCCGCCUCGCUGGGGAUGCCUCCUCCCCCUGCGAUGGGGUUCCUAAGAGCCAGGGGGGGAAGAGGGGCUGGCUCUCAGUCCCCGCCGCGCGGGGGGUGCCUCCCCCCCUCGUGAUACGGAUCCGAAGAGCCAAGGGGGGAACAGGGGGAGAGGAUGAUAAUUUCAGCAUCGCAGGCUGUGUUCACCCAGCCUGUUAAAUUGUUAUUAGUAUCCUGAAAGGGAGAGGAUGAUAUUACUCCCCAUAACAGACAGAUAUGACUCCCCAUCGUAGAGCACGAGGUGUACACCCGCCCUGUGAUUUUCUUCCUCAUAUUCAGAGACCGAGAGGUUGAUGUCACUCCCAAUAUCGGAGGAAGUAUACACCCCCGUGUGAGAUGUUCCUUAAUGAUAUUCCACGGUGGAGGGGGUGAUAUGACUACAUACAUGGCAGAAAGUGGAAACCCCCCAGGGAUAUUAUUCCCACGAUCCUGGAGGGAAGAAGAUGAUGUUACUUUCAAUAUGACAGAAGGUGGAUGAAGUGGUGGACUGCCCCUCCACACCUGUGGACACGCCCCCACUGAUAUUCCCUCUAAUUGCAGCGUGGGAGAGGAGGAUAUGACACGCCAUAUCGCAGGGAGCAGAAACACCCCUGUGUUACUGUUCUUCAUAUUCAGGGAGGAAGAGGAUGAUAUUACUCCCAAUACAGACGGGUGUACACCCUCUGUACACCGAGGGUGUACACCCGUCUGUGAAAGAGUUCGUAAUCUCCAGAGGGGGAGAUGAUAUUACUCACAAUAUGGUAAAGAGGCUGUGAGUCCACGGAGGAUCCUCAGAGCCAGCGGGGGAAGAGGGGCUGGCUCUGAGACCCCGCCUCGCUGGGGGUGCCUCCCCCCACUGCGAUGGGGGUCCUAAGAGACAGUGGGGGAAGAGGGGCUGGCUCUGAGAACCCGCCUCGCGGGGGUUGCCUCCCCCCCUGCGAUGGGGGUCCUAAGGGCCAGUGGGGGAAGAGGGGCUGGCUCUGAGUACCCGCCUCACGGGGGGUGCCUCCCCCCCCUGCGACGGGGGUCCUAAGGGCCAGUGGGGGAAGAGGGGCUGGCUCAGAGACACCGCCUCACGAGGGGUGCCUCCCCCCCCUGCGAUGGGGUUCCUAAGGGCCAGUGGGGGAAGAGGGGCUGGCUCUGAGACCCCGCCUCGCGGGGGGUGCCUCCCCCCCUGUGAUGGGGGUCCUAAGAGCCAGGAGCAGAAGAGGGGCUGGCUCUCUGUACCCGCCUCGCGGGGGGUGCCUCCCCCCCCCGUGAUGGAGGUCCUAAGAGCCAGAAGGCUUAGAGGGGCUGGCUCUCAGUCCCCGCCUCGUGGGGGGUGCCUCCUCCUCCUGCGAUGGGGGUCCUAAAUGCCAGUGGGGAAAGAGGGGCUCGCUCUGAGACCCCGCCUCGCUGGGGAUGCCUCCUCCCCCUGCGAUGGGGUUCCUAAGAGCCAGGGGGGGAAGAGGGGCUGGCUCUCAGUCCCCGCCGCGCGGGGGGUGCCUCCCCCCCUCGUGAUACGGAUCCUAAGAGCCAGGGGGGGAACAGGGGGAGAGGAUGAUAAUUUCAGCAUCGCAGGCUGUGUUCACCCAGCCUGUUAAAUUGUUAUUAGUAUCCUGAAAGGGAGAGGAUGAUAUUACUCCCCAUAACAGACAGAUAUGACUCCCCAUCGUAGAGCACGAGGUGUACACCCGCCCUGUGAUUUUCUUCCUCAUAUUCAGAGACCGAGAGGUUGAUGUCACUCCCAAUAUCGGAGGAAGUAUACACCCCCGUGUGAGAUGUUCCUUAAUGAUAUUCCACGGCGGAGGGGGUGAUAUGACUACAUACAUGGCAGAAAGUGGAAACCCCCCAGGGAUAUUAUUCCCACGAUCCUGGAGGGAAGAAGAUGAUGUUACUUUCAAUAUGACAGAAGGUGGAUGAAGUGGACUGCCCCUCCACACCUGUGGACACGCCCCCACUGAUAUUCUCUCUAAUUGCAGCGUGGGAGAGGAGGAUAUGACACGCCAUAUCGCAGGGAGCAGAAACACCCCUGUGUUACUGUUCUUCAUAUUCAGGGAGGAAGAGGAUGAUAUUACUCCCAAUACAGACGGGUGUACACCCUCUGUACACCGAGGGUGUACACCCGUCUGUGAAAGAGUUCGUAAUCUCCAGAGGGGGAGAUGAUAUUACUCACAAUAUGGUAAAGAGGCUGUGAGUCCACGGAGGAUCCUCAGAGCCAGCGGGGGAAGAGGGGCUGGCUCUGAGACCCCGCCUCGCUGGGGGUGCCUCCCCCCACUGCGAUGGGGGUCCUAAGAGACAGUGGGGGAAGAGGGGCUGGCUCUGAGCCCCCGCCUCGCGGGGGUUGCCUCCCCCCCUGCGAUGGGGGUCCUAAGGGCCAGUGGGGGAAGAGGGGCUGGCUCUGAGAACCCGCCUCACGGGGGGUGUCUCCCCACCCUGCGAUGGGGGUCCUAAGGGCCAGUGGGGGAAGAGGGGCUGGCUCUGAGUACCCGCCUCACGGGGGGUGCCUCCCCCCCCUGCGACGGGGGUCCUAAGGGCCAGUGGGGGAAGAGGGGCUGGCUCUGAGACCCCGCCUCACGGGGGGUGCCUCCCCCCCUGUGAUGGGGGUCCUAAGAGCCAGGAGCAGAAGAGGGGCUGGCUCUCUGUACCCGCCUCGCGGGGGGUGCCUCCCCCCCCCCGUGAUGGGGGUCCUAAGAGCCAGAAGGCUUAGAGGGGCUGGCUCUCAGUCCCCGCCUCGUGGGGGGUGCCUCCUCCUCCUGCGACGGGGGUCCUAAAUGCCAGUGGGGAAAGAGGGGCUCGCUCUGAGACCCCGCCUCGCUGGGGAUGCCUCCUCCCCCUGCGAUGGGGUUCCUAAGAGCCAGGGGGGGAAGAGGGGCUGGCUCUCAGUCCCCGCCGCGCGGGGGGUGCCUCCCCCCCUCGUGAUACGGAUCCUAAGAGCCAGGGGGGGAACAGGGGGAGAGGAUGAUAAUUUCAGCAUCGCAGGCUGUGUUCACCCAGCCUGUUAAAUUGUUAUUAGUAUCCUGAAAGGGAGAGGAUGAUAUUACUCCCCAUAACAGACAGAUAUGACUCCCCAUCGUAGAGCACGAGGUGUACACCCGCCCUGUGAUUUUCUUCCUCAUAUUCAGAGACCGAGAGGUUGAUGUCACUCCCAGUAUCGGAGGAAGUAUGCACCCCCGUGUGAGAUGUUCCUUAAUGAUAUUCCACGGCGGAGGGGGUGAUAUGACUACAUACAUGGCAGAAAGUGGAAACCCCCCAGGGAUAUUAUUCCCACGAUCCUGGAGGGAAGAAGAUGAUGUUACUUUCAAUAUGACAGAAGGUGGAUGAAGUGGUGGACUGCCCCUCCACACCUGUGGACACGCCCCCACUGAUAUUCCCUCUAAUUGCAGCGUGGGAGAGGAGGAUAUGACACGCCAUAUCGCAGGGAGCAGAAACACCCCUGUGUUACUGUUCUUCAUAUUCAGGGAGGAAGAGGAUGAUAUUACUCCCAAUACAGACGGGUGUACACCCUCUGUACACCGAGGGUGUACACCCGUCUGUGAAAGAGUUCGUAAUCUCCAGAGGGGGAGAUGAUAUUACUCACAAUAUGGUAAAGAGGCUGUGAGUCCACGGAGGAUCCUCAGAGCCAGCGGGGGAAGAGGGGCUGGCUCUGAGACCCCGCCUCGCUGGGGGUGCCUCCCCCCACUGCGAUGGGGGUCCUAAGAGACAGUGGGGGAAGAGGGGCUGGCUCUGAGACCCCGCCUCGCGGGGGUUGCCUCCCCCCCUGCGAUGGGGGUCCUAAGGGCCAGUGGGGGAAGAGGGGCUGGCUCUGAGUACCCGCCUCACGGGGGGUGCCUCCCCCACCUGCGACGGGGGUCCUAAGGGCCAGUGGGGGAAGAGGGGCUGGCUCAGAGACACCGCCUCGCGAGGGGUGCCUCCCCCCCCUGCGAUGGGGUUCCUAAGGGCCAGUGGGGGAAGAGGGGCUGGCUCUGAGACCCCGCCUCGCGGGGGGUGCCUCCCCCCCUGUGAUGGGGGUCCUAAGAGCCAGGAGCAGAAGAGGGGCUGGCUCUCUGUACCCGCCUCGCGGGGGGUGCCUCCCCCCCCCCGUGAUGGGGGUCCUAAGAGCCAGAAGGCUUAGAGGGGCUGGCUCUCAGUCCCCGCCUCGUGGGGGGUACCUCCUCCUCCUGCGACGGGGGUCCUAAAUGCCAGUGGGGAAAGAGGGGCUCGCUCUGAGACCCCGCCUCGCUGGGGAUGCCUCCUCCCCCUGCGAUGGGGUUCCUAAGAGCCAGGGGGGGAAGAGGGGCUGGCUCUCAGUCCCCGCCGCGCGGGGGGUGCCUCCCCCCCUCGUGAUACGGAUCCUAAGAGCCAGGGGGGGAACAGGGGGAGAGGAUGAUAAUUUCAGCAUCGCAGGCUGUGUUCACCCAGCCUGUUAAAUUGUUAUUAGUAUCCUGAAAGGGAGAGGAUGAUAUUACUCCCCAUAACAGACAGAUAUGACUCCCCAUCGUAGAGCACGAGGUGUACACCCGCCCUGUGAUUUUCUUCCUCAUAUUCAGAGACCGAGAGGUUGAUGUCACUCCCAAUAUCGGAGGAAGUAUACACCCCCGUGUGAGAUGUUCCUUAAUGAUAUUCCACGGCGGAGGGGGUGAUAUGACUACAUACAUGGCAGAAAGUGGAAACCCCCCAGGGAUAUUAUUCCCACGAUCCUGGAGGGAAGAAGAUGAUGUUACUUUCAAUAUGACAGAAGGUGGAUGAAGUGGACUGCCCCUCCACACCUGUGGACACGCCCCCACUGAUAUUCCCUCUAAUUGCAGCGUGGGAGAGGAGGAUAUGACACGCCAUAUCGCAGUUAGCAGAAACACCCCUGUGUUACUGUUCUUCAUAUUCAGGGAGGAAGAGGAUGAUAUUACUCCCAAUACAGACGGGUGUACACCCUCUGUACACCGAGGGUGUACACCCGUCUGUGAAAGAGUUCGUAAUCUCCAGAGGGGGAGAUGAUAUUACUCACAAUAUGGUAAAGAGGCUGUGAGUCCACGGAGGAUCCUCAGAGCCAGCGGGGGAAGAGGGGCUGGCUCUGAGACCCCGCCUCGCUGGGGGUGCCUCCCCCCACUGCGAUGGGGGUCCUAAGAGACAGUGGGGGAAGAGGGGCUGGCUCUGAGACCCCGCCUCGCGGGGGUUGCCUCCCCCCCUGCGAUGGGGGUCCUAAGGGCCAGUGGGGGAAGAGGGGCUGGCUCUGAGUACCCGCCUCACGGGGGGUGCCUCCCCCACCUGCGACGGGGGUCCUAAGGGCCAGUGGGGGAAGAGGGGCUGGCUCAGAGACACCGCCUCGCGAGGGGUGCCUCCCCCCCCUGCGAUGGGGUUCCUAAGGGCCAGUGGGGGAAGAGGGGCUGGCUCUGAGACCCCGCCUCGCGGGGGGUGCCUCCCCCCCUGUGAUGGGGGUCCUAAGAGCCAGGAGCAGAAGAGGGGCUGGCUCUCUGUACCCGCCUCGCGGGGGGUGCCUCCCCCCCCUCGUGAUGGGGGUCCUAAGAGCCAGAAGGCUUAGAGGGGCUGGCUCUCAGUCCCCGCCCCGUGGGGGGUGACUCCUCCCCCUGCGAUGGGGGUCCUAAAUGCCAGUGGGGAAAGAGGGGCUCGCUCUGAGACCCCGCCUCGCUGGGGGUGCCUCCCCCCACUGCGAUGGGGGUCCUAAGGGCCAGUGGGGAAAGAGGGGCUGGCUCUCAGUCCCCGCCUCGUGGGGGGUGCCUCCUCCCCCUGCGACGGGGGUCCUAAAUGCCAGUGGGGAAAGAGGGGCUGGCUCUGAGACCCCGCCUCGCUGGGGGUGCCUCCUCCCCCUGCGAUGGGGGUCCUAAGAGCCAGGGGGGGAAGAGGGGCUGGCUCUCAGUCCCCGCCGCGCGGGGGGUGCCUCCCCCCCUCGUGAUACGGAUCCGAAGAGCCAGGGGGGGAACAGGGGGAGAGGAUGAUAAUUUCAGCAUCGCAGGCUGUGUUCACCCAGCCUGUUAAAUUGUUAUUAGUAUCCUGAAAGGGAGAGGAUGAUAUUACUCCCCAUAACAGACAGAUAUGACUCCCCAUCGUAGAGCACGAGGUGUACACCCGCCCUGUGAUUUUCUUCCUCAUAUUCAGAGACCGAGAGGUUGAUGUCACUCCCAAUAUCGGAGGAAGUAUACACCCCCGUGUGAGAUGUUCCUUAAUGAUAUUCCACGGCGGAGGGGGUGAUAUGACUACAUACAUGGCAGAAAGUGGAAACCCCCCAGGGAUAUUAUUCCCACGAUCCUGGAGGGAAGAAGAUGAUGUUACUUUCAAUAUGACAGAAGGUGGAUGAAGUGGUGGACUGCCCCUCCACACCUGUGGACACGCCCCCACUGAUAUUCCCUCUAAUUGCAGCGUGGGAGAGGAGGAUAUGACACGCCAUAUCGCAGGGAGCAGAAACACCCCUGUGUUACUGUUCUUCAUAUUCAGGGAGGAAGAGGAUGAUAUUACUCCCAAUACAGACGGGUGUACACCCUCUGUACACCGAGGGUGUACACCCGUCUGUGAAAGAGUUCGUAAUCUCCAGAGGGGGAGAUGAUAUUACUCACAAUAUGGUAAAGAGGCUGUGAGUCCACGGAGGAUCCUCAGAGCCAGCAGGGGAAGAGGGGCUGGCUCUGAGACCCCGCCUCGCUGGGGGUGCCUCCCCCCACUGCGAUGGGGGUCCUAAGAGACAGUGGGGGAAGAGGGGCUGGCUCUGAGCCCCCGCCUCGCGGGGGUUGCCUCCCCCCCUGCGAUGGGGGUCCUAAGGGCCAGUGGGGGAAGAGGGGCUGGCUCUGAGUACCCGCCUCACGGGGGGUGCCUCCCCCCCCUGCGACGGGGGUCCUAAGGGCCAGUGGGGGAAGAGGGGCUGGCUCAGAGACACCGCCUCGCGAGGGGUGCCUCCCCCCCCUGCGAUGGGGUUCCUAAGGGCCAGUGGGGGAAGAGGGGCUGGCUCUGAGACCCCGCCUCGCGGGGGGUGCCUCCCCCCCUGUGAUGGGGGUCCUAAGAGCCAGGAGCAGAAGAGGGGCUGGCUCUCUCUACCCGCCUCGCGGGGGGUGCCUCCCCCCCCCCGUGAUGGGGGUCCUAAGAGCCAGAAGGCUUAGAGGGGCUGGCUCUCAGUCCCCGCCUCGUGGGGGGUGCCUCCUCCCCCUGCGAUGGGGGUCCUAAAUGCCAGUGGGGAAAGAGGGGCUCGCUCUGAGACCCCGCCUCGCUGGGGGUGCCUCCCCCCACUGCGAUGGGGGUCCUAAGGGCCAGUGGGGAAAGAGGGGCUGGCUCUCAGUCCCCGCCUCGUGGGGGGUGCCUCCUCCUCCUGCGACGGGGGUCCUAAAUGCCAGUGGGGAAAGAGGGGCUCACUCUGAGACCCCGCCUCGCUGGGGAUGCCUCCUCCCCCUGCGAUGGGGUUCCUAAGAGCCAGGGGGGGAAGAGGGGCUGGCUCUCAGUCCCCGCCGCGCGGGGGGUGCCUCCCCCCCUCGUGAUACGGAUCCGAAGAGCCAAGGGGGGAACAGGGGGAGAGGAUGAUAAUUUCAGCAUCGCAGGCUGUGUUCACCCAGCCUGUUAAAUUGUUAUUAGUAUCCUGAAAGGGAGAGGAUGAUAUUACUCCCCAUAACAGACAGAUAUGACUCCCCAUCGUAGAGCACGAGGUGUACACCCGCCCUGUGAUUUUCUUCCUCAUAUUCAGAGACCGAGAGGUUGAUGUCACUCCCAAUAUCGGAGGAAGUAUACACCCCCGUGUGAGAUGUUCCUUAAUGAUAUUCCACGGUGGAGGGGGUGAUAUGACUACAUACAUGGCAGAAAGUGGAAACCCCCCAGGGAUAUUAUUCCCACGAUCCUGGAGGGAAGAAGAUGAUGUUACUUUCAAUAUGACAGAAGGUGGAUGAAGUGGUGGACUGCCCCUCCACACCUGUGGACACGCCCCCACUGAUAUUCCCUCUAAUUGCAGCGUGGGAGAGGAGGAUAUGACACGCCAUAUCGCAGGGAGCAGAAACACCCCUGUGUUACUGUUCUUCAUAUUCAGGGAGGAAGAGGAUGAUAUUACUCCCAAUACAGACGGGUGUACACCCUCUGUACACCGAGGGUGUACACCCGUCUGUGAAAGAGUUCGUAAUCUCCAGAGGGGGAGAUGAUAUUACUCACAAUAUGGUAAAGAGGCUGUGAGUCCACGGAGGAUCCUCAGAGCCAGCGGGGGAAGAGGGGCUGGCUCUGAGACCCCGCCUCGCUGGGGGUGCCUCCCCCCACUGCGAUGGGGGUCCUAAGAGACAGUGGGGGAAGAGGGGCUGGCUCUGAGAACCCGCCUCGCGGGGGUUGCCUCCCCCCCUGCGAUGGGGGUCCUAAGGGCCAGUGGGGGAAGAGGGGCUGGCUCUGAGUACCCGCCUCACGGGGGGUGCCUCCCCCCCCUGCGACGGGGGUCCUAAGGGCCAGUGGGGGAAGAGGGGCUGGCUCAGAGACACCGCCUCACGAGGGGUGCCUCCCCCCCCUGCGAUGGGGUUCCUAAGGGCCAGUGGGGGAAGAGGGGCUGGCUCUGAGACCCCGCCUCGCGGGGGGUGCCUCCCCCCCUGUGAUGGGGGUCCUAAGAGCCAGGAGCAGAAGAGGGGCUGGCUCUCUGUACCCGCCUCGCGGGGGGUGCCUCCCCCCCCCGUGAUGGAGGUCCUAAGAGCCAGAAGGCUUAGAGGGGCUGGCUCUCAGUCCCCGCCUCGUGGGGGGUGCCUCCUCCUCCUGCGAUGGGGGUCCUAAAUGCCAGUGGGGAAAGAGGGGCUCGCUCUGAGACCCCGCCUCGCUGGGGAUGCCUCCUCCCCCUGCGAUGGGGUUCCUAAGAGCCAGGGGGGGAAGAGGGGCUGGCUCUCAGUCCCCGCCGCGCGGGGGGUGCCUCCCCCCCUCGUGAUACGGAUCCUAAGAGCCAGGGGGGGAACAGGGGGAGAGGAUGAUAAUUUCAGCAUCGCAGGCUGUGUUCACCCAGCCUGUUAAAUUGUUAUUAGUAUCCUGAAAGGGAGAGGAUGAUAUUACUCCCCAUAACAGACAGAUAUGACUCCCCAUCGUAGAGCACGAGGUGUACACCCGCCCUGUGAUUUUCUUCCUCAUAUUCAGAGACCGAGAGGUUGAUGUCACUCCCAAUAUCGGAGGAAGUAUACACCCCCGUGUGAGAUGUUCCUUAAUGAUAUUCCACGGCGGAGGGGGUGAUAUGACUACAUACAUGGCAGAAAGUGGAAACCCCCCAGGGAUAUUAUUCCCACGAUCCUGGAGGGAAGAAGAUGAUGUUACUUUCAAUAUGACAGAAGGUGGAUGAAGUGGACUGCCCCUCCACACCUGUGGACACGCCCCCACUGAUAUUCUCUCUAAUUGCAGCGUGGGAGAGGAGGAUAUGACACGCCAUAUCGCAGGGAGCAGAAACACCCCUGUGUUACUGUUCUUCAUAUUCAGGGAGGAAGAGGAUGAUAUUACUCCCAAUACAGACGGGUGUACACCCUCUGUACACCGAGGGUGUACACCCGUCUGUGAAAGAGUUCGUAAUCUCCAGAGGGGGAGAUGAUAUUACUCACAAUAUGGUAAAGAGGCUGUGAGUCCACGGAGGAUCCUCAGAGCCAGCGGGGGAAGAGGGGCUGGCUCUGAGACCCCGCCUCGCUGGGGGUGCCUCCCCCCACUGCGAUGGGGGUCCUAAGAGACAGUGGGGGAAGAGGGGCUGGCUCUGAGCCCCCGCCUCGCGGGGGUUGCCUCCCCCCCUGCGAUGGGGGUCCUAAGGGCCAGUGGGGGAAGAGGGGCUGGCUCUGAGAACCCGCCUCACGGGGGGUGUCUCCCCACCCUGCGAUGGGGGUCCUAAGGGCCAGUGGGGGAAGAGGGGCUGGCUCUGAGUACCCGCCUCACGGGGGGUGCCUCCCCCCCCUGCGACGGGGGUCCUAAGGGCCAGUGGGGGAAGAGGGGCUGGCUCUGAGACCCCGCCUCACGGGGGGUGCCUCCCCCCCUGUGAUGGGGGUCCUAAGAGCCAGGAGCAGAAGAGGGGCUGGCUCUCUGUACCCGCCUCGCGGGGGGUGCCUCCCCCCCCCCGUGAUGGGGGUCCUAAGAGCCAGAAGGCUUAGAGGGGCUGGCUCUCAGUCCCCGCCUCGUGGGGGGUGCCUCCUCCUCCUGCGACGGGGGUCCUAAAUGCCAGUGGGGAAAGAGGGGCUCGCUCUGAGACCCCGCCUCGCUGGGGAUGCCUCCUCCCCCUGCGAUGGGGUUCCUAAGAGCCAGGGGGGGAAGAGGGGCUGGCUCUCAGUCCCCGCCGCGCGGGGGGUGCCUCCCCCCCUCGUGAUACGGAUCCUAAGAGCCAGGGGGGGAACAGGGGGAGAGGAUGAUAAUUUCAGCAUCGCAGGCUGUGUUCACCCAGCCUGUUAAAUUGUUAUUAGUAUCCUGAAAGGGAGAGGAUGAUAUUACUCCCCAUAACAGACAGAUAUGACUCCCCAUCGUAGAGCACGAGGUGUACACCCGCCCUGUGAUUUUCUUCCUCAUAUUCAGAGACCGAGAGGUUGAUGUCACUCCCAGUAUCGGAGGAAGUAUGCACCCCCGUGUGAGAUGUUCCUUAAUGAUAUUCCACGGCGGAGGGGGUGAUAUGACUACAUACAUGGCAGAAAGUGGAAACCCCCCAGGGAUAUUAUUCCCACGAUCCUGGAGGGAAGAAGAUGAUGUUACUUUCAAUAUGACAGAAGGUGGAUGAAGUGGUGGACUGCCCCUCCACACCUGUGGACACGCCCCCACUGAUAUUCCCUCUAAUUGCAGCGUGGGAGAGGAGGAUAUGACACGCCAUAUCGCAGGGAGCAGAAACACCCCUGUGUUACUGUUCUUCAUAUUCAGGGAGGAAGAGGAUGAUAUUACUCCCAAUACAGACGGGUGUACACCCUCUGUACACCGAGGGUGUACACCCGUCUGUGAAAGAGUUCGUAAUCUCCAGAGGGGGAGAUGAUAUUACUCACAAUAUGGUAAAGAGGCUGUGAGUCCACGGAGGAUCCUCAGAGCCAGCGGGGGAAGAGGGGCUGGCUCUGAGACCCCGCCUCGCUGGGGGUGCCUCCCCCCACUGCGAUGGGGGUCCUAAGAGACAGUGGGGGAAGAGGGGCUGGCUCUGAGACCCCGCCUCGCGGGGGUUGCCUCCCCCCCUGCGAUGGGGGUCCUAAGGGCCAGUGGGGGAAGAGGGGCUGGCUCUGAGUACCCGCCUCACGGGGGGUGCCUCCCCCACCUGCGACGGGGGUCCUAAGGGCCAGUGGGGGAAGAGGGGCUGGCUCAGAGACACCGCCUCGCGAGGGGUGCCUCCCCCCCCUGCGAUGGGGUUCCUAAGGGCCAGUGGGGGAAGAGGGGCUGGCUCUGAGACCCCGCCUCGCGGGGGGUGCCUCCCCCCCUGUGAUGGGGGUCCUAAGAGCCAGGAGCAGAAGAGGGGCUGGCUCUCUGUACCCGCCUCGCGGGGGGUGCCUCCCCCCCCCCGUGAUGGGGGUCCUAAGAGCCAGAAGGCUUAGAGGGGCUGGCUCUCAGUCCCCGCCUCGUGGGGGGUACCUCCUCCUCCUGCGACGGGGGUCCUAAAUGCCAGUGGGGAAAGAGGGGCUCGCUCUGAGACCCCGCCUCGCUGGGGAUGCCUCCUCCCCCUGCGAUGGGGUUCCUAAGAGCCAGGGGGGGAAGAGGGGCUGGCUCUCAGUCCCCGCCGCGCGGGGGGUGCCUCCCCCCCUCGUGAUACGGAUCCUAAGAGCCAGGGGGGGAACAGGGGGAGAGGAUGAUAAUUUCAGCAUCGCAGGCUGUGUUCACCCAGCCUGUUAAAUUGUUAUUAGUAUCCUGAAAGGGAGAGGAUGAUAUUACUCCCCAUAACAGACAGAUAUGACUCCCCAUCGUAGAGCACGAGGUGUACACCCGCCCUGUGAUUUUCUUCCUCAUAUUCAGAGACCGAGAGGUUGAUGUCACUCCCAAUAUCGGAGGAAGUAUACACCCCCGUGUGAGAUGUUCCUUAAUGAUAUUCCACGGCGGAGGGGGUGAUAUGACUACAUACAUGGCAGAAAGUGGAAACCCCCCAGGGAUAUUAUUCCCACGAUCCUGGAGGGAAGAAGAUGAUGUUACUUUCAAUAUGACAGAAGGUGGAUGAAGUGGACUGCCCCUCCACACCUGUGGACACGCCCCCACUGAUAUUCCCUCUAAUUGCAGCGUGGGAGAGGAGGAUAUGACACGCCAUAUCGCAGUUAGCAGAAACACCCCUGUGUUACUGUUCUUCAUAUUCAGGGAGGAAGAGGAUGAUAUUACUCCCAAUACAGACGGGUGUACACCCUCUGUACACCGAGGGUGUACACCCGUCUGUGAAAGAGUUCGUAAUCUCCAGAGGGGGAGAUGAUAUUACUCACAAUAUGGUAAAGAGGCUGUGAGUCCACGGAGGAUCCUCAGAGCCAGCGGGGGAAGAGGGGCUGGCUCUGAGACCCCGCCUCGCUGGGGGUGCCUCCCCCCACUGCGAUGGGGGUCCUAAGAGACAGUGGGGGAAGAGGGGCUGGCUCUGAGACCCCGCCUCGCGGGGGUUGCCGCCCCCCCUGCGAUGGGGGUCCUAAGGGCCAGUGGGGGAAGAGGGGCUGGCUCUGAGUACCCGCCUCACGGGGGGUGCCUCCCCCACCUGCGACGGGGGUCCUAAGGGCCAGUGGGGGAAGAGGGGCUGGCUCAGAGACACCGCCUCGCGAGGGGUGCCUCCCCCCCCUGCGAUGGGGUUCCUAAGGGCCAGUGGGGGAAGAGGGGCUGGCUCUGAGACCCCGCCUCGCGGGGGGUGCCUCCCCCCCUGUGAUGGGGGUCCUAAGAGCCAGGAGCAGAAGAGGGGCUGGCUCUCUGUACCCGCCUCGCGGGGGGUGCCUCCCCCCCCUCGUGAUGGGGGUCCUAAGAGCCAGAAGGCUUAGAGGGGCUGGCUCUCAGUCCCCGCCCCGUGGGGGGUGACUCCUCCCCCUGCGAUGGGGGUCCUAAAUGCCAGUGGGGAAAGAGGGGCUCGCUCUGAGACCCCGCCUCGCUGGGGGUGCCUCCCCCCACUGCGAUGGGGGUCCUAAGGGCCAGUGGGGAAAGAGGGGCUGGCUCUCAGUCCCCGCCUCGUGGGGGGUGCCUCCUCCCCCUGCGACGGGGGUCCUAAAUGCCAGUGGGGAAAGAGGGGCUGGCUCUGAGACCCCGCCUCGCUGGGGGUGCCUCCUCCCCCUGCGAUGGGGGUCCUAAGAGCCAGGGGGGGAAGAGGGGCUGGCUCUCAGUCCCCGCCGCGCGGGGGGUGCCUCCCCCCCUCGUGAUACGGAUCCGAAGAGCCAGGGGGGGAACAGGGGGAGAGGAUGAUAAUUUCAGCAUCGCAGGCUGUGUUCACCCAGCCUGUUAAAUUGUUAUUAGUAUCCUGAAAGGGAGAGGAUGAUAUUACUCCCCAUAACAGACAGAUAUGACUCCCCAUCGUAGAGCACGAGGUGUACACCCGCCCUUGAUUUUCUUCCUCAUAUUCAGAGACCGAGAGGUUGAUGUCACUCCCAAUAUCGGAGGAAGUAUACACCCCCGUGUGAGAUGUUCCUUAAUGAUAUUCCACGGCGGAGGGGGUGAUAUGACUACAUACAUGGCAGAAAGUGGAAACCCCCUAGGGAUAUUAUUCCCACGAUCCUGGAGGGAAGAAGAUGAUGUUACUUUCAAUAUGACAGAAGGUGGAUAAAGUGGUGGACUGCCCCUCCACACCUGUGGACACGCCCCCACUGAUAUUCCUUCUAAUUGCAGCGUGGGAGAGGAGGAUAUGACACGCCAUAUCGCAGGGAGCAGAAACACCCCUGUGUUACUGUUCUUCAUAUUCAGGGAGGAAGAGGAUGAUAUUACUCCCAAUACAGACGGGUGUACACCCUCUGUACACCGAGGGUGUACACCCGUCUGUGAAAGAGUUCGUAAUCUCCAGAGGGGGAGAUGAUAUUACUCACAAUAUGGUAAAGAGGCUGUGAGUCCACGGAGGAUCCUCAGAGCCAGCGGGGGAAAAGGGGCUGGCUCUGAGACCCCGCCUCGCUGGGGGUGCCUCCCCCCACUGCGAUGGGGGUCCUAAGAGACAGUGGGGGAAGAGGGGCUGGCUCUGAGACCCCGCCUCGCGGGGGUUGCCUCCCCCCCUGCGAUGGGGGUCCUAAGGGCCAGUGGGGGAAGAGGGGCUGGCUCUGAGAACCCGCCUCACGGGGGGUGCCUCCCCACCCUGCGAUGGGGGUCCUAAGGGCCAGUGGGGGAAGAGGGGCUGGCUCUGAGUACCCGCCUCACGGGGGGUGCCUCCCCCCCCUGCGACGGGGGUCCUAAGGGCCAGUGGGGGAAGAGGGGCUGGCUCUGAGACCCCGCCUCGCGGGGUGUGCCUCCCCCCUCCGCGAUCGGGGUCCUAAGGGCCACUGGGGGAAGAGGGGCUGGCUCAGAGACACCGCCUCGGGAGGGGUGCCUCACCCCCCUGCGAUGGGGUUCCUAAGGGCCAGUGGGGGAAGAGGGGCUGGCUCUGAGACCCCGCCUCGUGGGGGGUGCCUCCCCCCCUGUGAUGGGGGUCCUAAGAGCCAGGAGCAGAAGAGGGGCUGGCUCUCUCUACCCGCCUCGCGGGGGGUGCCUCCCCCCCCCCCGUGAUGGGGGUCCUAAGAGCCAGAAGGCUUAGAGGGGCUGGCUCUCAGUCCCCGCCUCGUGGGGGGUGCCUCCUCCCCCUGCGAUGGGGGUCCUAAAUGCCAGUGGGGAAAGAGGGGCUCGCUCUGAGACCCCGCCUCGCUGGGGGUGCCUCCCCCCACUGCGAUGGCGGUCCUAAGGGCCAGUGGGGGAAGAGGGGCUGGCUCUGAGACCCGGCCUCGCUGGGGGUGCCUCCCCCCCUGCGAUGGGUGUCCUAAGAGCCAGUGGGGGAAGAUGGGUUGGCUCUGCGACCCGGCCUCGCGGGGGGUGCCUCCCCCCCUGCGAUGGCGGUCCUAAGGGCCACUGGGGGAAGAGGGGCUGGCUCUGAGACCCGGCCUCGCUGGGGGUGCCUCCCCCCCUGCGAUGGGGUUCCUAAGAGCCAGUGGGGGAAGAGGGGCUGGCUCUCAGACCCCGCCUCGCGGGGGGUGCCUCCCCCCCCGCGAUGGGGGUCCUAAGAGCCAGUUGAGGAAGAGGGGCUGGCUCUCUGUACCCGUCUCCCGGGGGGUGCCUCCCCCCCCGUGAUGGGGGUCCUAAGAGCCAGAAGGCUUAGAUGUGCUGGCUCUCAGUCCUCGCCUCGUGGGGGGUGCCUCUUCCUCCUGCGAUGGGGGUCCUAAGAGCCAGUGGUGUAAGAGGGGCUGGCUCUGAGACCACGCCUCGCGAGGUGCCUCCCCACCUUGCGAUCGGGGUCCCAAGAGCCAGGGGGGAAGAGGGGCUGGCUCUCUCUGUGGAUGAUUCUUUUUCCAUUCUCAGUCAGUUUUCUUUUUUCUUUCUUUUUUUUUUGAGACUGAGUCUUUCUCUGUUGCCCAUGCCUUGCUGGAUCUCGGGUGACUGCAACCACUGCUUCCCGCGUUCGAGAGAUUCUCCUGCCUCAGCCUCCUGAGUAGCUGGGACUAGAGCCUCCCAAAGUGCUGGGAUUGCAGGUGCGAGCCACCGGGUCCACCCUCUCAGGCGAUUUUCAUACUUGCAUACUCUGAUCACUACUCUGUUAAACAGUCAAGGAGGGUAAGUAUUAUCUUCAGAUUUCCAGAGCUCUGUCUCUGUACAGCCCUCUCCUCCUCAAUAUUCUGCCCUAUGAAUUCUAGCCACAUUGGCCUUCCCAGACUCACAGUUCUGUCCUCUCAACUCAGGAAGAUCUCUGAGCUCCAUCUGCAUUCUUUCUUCCUGUGCUGUGGCCUGGAAAGUUUUCUGAGGUGUUCGGGAGGUCAAUUGUGGGGCUAGCCUCAUUUGUUUCUCGUUUCUUGAGGAUCACUGUCUUUUGAUGCUUGAUUCCAGUGAUUGAUUCCCUUUGUUGCUUCAGGGCCAUAGUUUCAUAUAUUUUGUCCAGUAUUUUUUGUUGUUUUAGGUCAGAAAGUAAUUUUGGUCUCUGUUACUCCAUCUUGGCCAGAAGUGUAAGACCUAAGCAUUUACACAUCAAAAUAGUGCACACAUAAUUUUAGUUUAAGCUACUUUUUAAAAAAUCUCCUUCAUUUUCCAUUUAGCAUUCUAUUUAGGGUAUUACAUUGGUUUUUUUGAAAUUCUGUUAUUGACAGUUUCUAUUGCCUAUCAAUCCCAUUUAAAGAUAGUGCAUAGGAUAUUCUAAAAUAGCUGUUAAGCAAAGAGAAAAUUGGGCCUGAUAGGGUGAGAAUCACAGCUCUAAUACCUAGAGUGACCUUAUAAUAUAUUGUACAAAGGAGAUAUUUUUGACAGUGAAUGAGAGUGUUGUUAGUAAUUAUAUCAGGACCAUGGCCUAAACCAGGACUAUCCCAGGCAGCCUGGGACAUAUUUGUACCCCAUCUCUAUUUAAUGCCUUUAUACAAUUCUUUACUUAAUUCUACCAGCCUUUAUUGAGCCUGCUUUCUUUGUCUAGCUGAGUGCCACUUGCUGACAUCACUAAGAUCAAUACAGCAAACUCUGAAAGAUGGAUAGAGAGACAGGAGAUGGUCCUUUAUAAUGCAGUGUGAUCUGUGCUGCAAUAGAGAUGGAAGAGUGUUCUGAUCGGCUGGAAAACAACGCACAUGGGAAGCUGUACAGAAAUGAGUGGGGAAAGUUUUGGAAGCUAGAAGUUCAAAACGAGGUGUUGGCAGCACCAUGCUCUCUCUGAAGAUGCUAGGAAGAAUCUGCUCCAUGCCUUUCCAUUCGCUUCUGGGGUUUCCUGCAAGCCCUGACAUUCCUUGGCUUGUAGAUGCAUCACCCCAGUUUCCGCCCCCAUCAUCACAUGGCCUCCUCUCUGUGCCUCUGCGUUCCCUCUAUUCUUCUUCUAAGGACACCGACACCAGUCAUAGUGGAUUAAGGGUCCACUCCUAACUAAUCACAUCUGCAACAACGCUAUUUCCAAAUAAAGUCACAUUCUAAGA